GGUUUUGCCUUUUGAAGGUUAGCCUGAAGCUCAGGGCAGCCAGGAAGCAAAGUCCGAUGGCCGGGGAGGAAGGAGGGCGUUCGGGCUCAUCUCCUGCCACAGGGCCCGGUCCCGACACAGGGGCUGGGGCCGGUGCAGCUGGAGGAGAGGCCGGCGGUGGCAGUGGCUACGAUAGCAAGUGCAUUUUCUGCAGGAUCACUCAUGGGGAGGAGCCGGGCACCGAACUGCUGCCUUGCGAGCACGAAGACUUGGUGUGCUUCAGGGAUAUCAGACCCGGAGCCCCACAUCAUUACCUGGUGGUGCCAAAAAUACACUUUGGCAACUGCAAGACUUUGAAGAGGGAGCACAUCCCGUUAGUGGAGAGAAUGAUGGCGGCCGGGAAGAACAUCCUUCAGCGAAAUCAGUUUACUGACUUGAACGACAUAAGAAUGGGUUUUCAUCGCCCCCCUUUCUGCUCCGUAGACCACUUGCAUCUUCAUGUCCUGGCUCCGGCCAGCCGGUUGGGAUUCGUGUCCCGAAUGGUAUACAGGCGCAGUUCCUACUGGUUUGUCACAGCUGAGCAACUGAUGGAAAGACUGAAGGCUUGAAAGUGUCACACGCUGAAAAAGCGCUUGCCUCUAGAUGACGCUUUGUGACCAUUAAACAUAAUCGAAGACAAUUUUUGAAGAUGCCGCUAUACCAAAGGUUGAAAUAAUGGUUAAUGAACAUCGUACCUCAAAAUUCUCAGGCAAAUAUCUGAAAUAAGAAAAAAAAAAUACCCAAAUCGCUCUUUACAGCAUUCAUUUCUACAAAUCAGAAAACUAAGUGUCCAGUGUCUUCAGAAAGAUAAUUAUGAAUCCUGCCUAAGAAAGCACUUUUAUAUGUGCAUCUGGAUGGAAAGUUUUUAAAAAUGUGCAUCUGGAUUGUCUGAUUUUGUGCCUGUGCAAUAUACAUGAGCAACACUUGGCAUCACGGUGCUAACCAUAGUUACGAUGAUUAUUGGUGCUAAAUCACUUCAUCACGGUUGCAUUUUCAUGACUAAGUACAUCAAGAAUAAUUACUCAGAACUGUGUGUGAUGAGUGGGAUUAUACCGUUGAACCACAAUAUGAUUGCUUGAAUAUAGAUUUUAUCCAGUUAAGUGCAUGUAUUUAAGAAUAGGAAGUGAAUUAUAGGACAGAUCGAAAGUAAAGUCAUGGUUUCUUUGAACUUAAGUCUGUAAAGUUGAACAUAUACAGACAGUUCAUGGGGCUUAUGCUGGGCCUAAACUGUAUUGCAGCAUUGUCAGAGACAUUAGGGUGUGUUUUACAUAGCAAGAAGCUAUCACUGUGCAAACAGAGCUUGGCAUCUAAACCUUAGGGAACAUCAAAAUGGCACAAUUGGACAUGAUUCAAGACUUGGUUUGAAGUUACGUUCCCCAGUACCUUUGCUGUGAACUUGUUGUCUUCACAGUGAUGUUAACCUUAUGCGGCGUUCAUACACCUUAAAUUCAUCCAUUUUUUCCCAAUUAAAAAAACUUGAAUGAGUAGUGAUUGUAAACGUUCAUUACUUAAGAAAUGUAAUUGCUUUGUACAG